UACCACUCCCGUGAUGCUCCGCUUCGGCCGCCUGCGCAGAGCCCAGGGCCACGUUGCUUUCCCGGCGCUGGAGACACGCAUCUCAGCCAUGGCUUCCGCGGAGUCGCGGCGGAUGGGGAAUGGAGGCAGUGUCGGGGGCGCCUUCCAACCCUACUUAGACUCCUUGCGGCAGGAGCUGCAGCAGAGGGACCCGACGCUGCUGUCAAUCGUGGUGGCGCUUCUCGCAGUGCUGCUGACGCUGGUGUUCUGGAAGUUCAUCCGGAGCAGAAGGAGCAGUCAAAGAGCUGUUCUUCUUGUUGGCCUGUGUGACUCUGGGAAAACAUUGCUCUUUGUCAGAUUGUUAACUGGCCUUUAUAGAGACACUCAGACAUCGAUCACUGACAGCUCUGCUCUGUACAGAGUCAACAAUACCAGGGGUGCUAGCCUGACCUUGAUUGAUCUCCCUGGCCAUGAGAGCUUGAGACUUCAAUUCUUAGAGCGUUUUAAGGCUUCAGCCAGGGCUGUUGUGUUUGUUGUGGAUAGUGCAGCCUUCCAACGAGAGGUGAAAGAUGUGGCAGAGUUUCUCUAUCAAGUUCUCAUUGACAGUAUGAGUUUGAAGAACACACCGUCAUUCUUAAUCGCCUGCAAUAAGCAAGAUUAAAAUUCUGAUUCUAUGAAGAGCCCAUUGCAUUUCUCAGAAGUGAUCAGGUAGUAAUAACCUUAAUGAUGUCUAAUCAGGAAUCGGUCUUAGAAUCAUUACCUGACCUCUCUGUUUUUUCUCUUCAGUAUAAAGAGAGUAAGUAAUAUUUAUUUGGGUUCUGCUAUGUGCAAACCAGUGUUUAUCUCUUACCAAGGUGCACUUGAGUAACAUACCAUCUUAGUAUCAGCUGGAAAUCUGCUUAGUUUACUUUUAUAUGACAGGGUUUUUCUGUUAGAGUGAAGGCUCUUGUUACAAUAAAAAAACUGGUAGGUGUUCUUUCUGUUACACUGGCUGGACUUCUGUACAUAUUAAUUUAAAAGGUCUGUAAGAUGUAGAAAACUUUCAGGAAAGAACUAGUCAAUUUUAGGGUCACAAGCUUAAUACAUUUGUAAGCAUUUUUGUAGGAAAACCCAUGCAUGCAAAUAUAAAGCUUAUUACUUUGAUAGUGGAGCUACUAAUGGUAAAAAGCUCUUUUAAAAAACUAAAGGGAAAAGAAACUUACUGGUUUAAAUAGGAAUUUUCCAUAUGUGCAAGAAGUUUUGGGAAGAGACCCUUUCUGGUUUAAACUAUAACAGUGUCUUUAUUUC